UCCCUCGUUUUUUUACGUUUCGUUCAGUGCGCACACACAAUCACAGAACGCUCCCUCGUCCCAUUCGUGAAUUAUCUGUUUCGACUAUUUAUUGGUAAUGGCCACAAUGAUUCCAACGGACCCAACGUAUCAGGUUGACAAAUCAGAGGGAGGCACCAUGGUCUUCUGAGCUCCAAAACGAUCCCACAGAAAUUACAAUAAAAAAAAAUUAACAGUGAAAAAUCAAGUCAAACAAAAUAAUUACAUGACCACUGUUUAAAAACUCCAAAUUCGAUCACCUAAAAUCCAAAACCAUAAAUUCAAGCCAACGAACAAUGGGGGUCCAAGACUUACAGACAUUUCUGGACAGCAAUUGUGUCCCUGGUGGAGUGGUGCCAGUGGACCUCCUGAAAAUCGCGCGAAACGUGAUCCAACGUCAGCGAAAUCGUCCCAACAAGAACCAAAAUCACUCAAACAUCCUGCGACUGGUGCUGGACGGUGAGUGCUGCUUGGAUCGUCUCUACGGUGGUUACUUCUCGGACUGGGCAUGCGGAGGCCAGUGGAACCGAAUGGUCCAGUUCCUGGCAGUUCUGAUCCAGUCGAUAGAGCUCUCAGGCGUCGAGCUCGUGGUCUUCUUCAACGGCUGCAACGAGGCAGCUAGGCGAGCCGAGUGGAUCCAGAAUCAGCUAAAAAUGCGUCUCAAAGUGAACAACGUCUUGAAACACAUAACAACAAAGGGCACUCCACCCCCGAAGAUCUGGUGGACACCUCCAGUGUGCCUUCGCACAGGUCUCCGCAUGGCCCUUCGUCACCUCAAGGUCUCAGUCAUGUGCAGCAUGGAUGACCACCACCAGGAGGUGAUCGCCUACUGUCGUGAGAACAAUUUCCACGGUCUCGUUGCUGAUGACGCUGAGUACGCCAUUUUCGAUCCACCCAGGUACUUCUCCUCGGAGCAAUUGAAACUCACGUACAAGGGAUCACUGGACAGCAAGGAGUACCUGAUGUCAGAGGUGAAUAAAUCCUUGGGAAUACCAGCAGACAGAUUGUGCAUCCUGGGGGCACUCUUGGGUAACUACAUCCUGACUGAGCACGACCUCGUGGACUUCUACAAGAGACUGAACAUCAGCACAACUGGACCAAACAAAACCAACAUCGAUCAGUCGAUCAAGACAAUCGCUGGGUACGUCAAGGAGCUGCCAUCAGCUGAGAUCGACGUCGUUGCGCAGAAGGUUUUCGGCAGCUUGUCUGAUCCCAGGUGCUCCAAGUUGAGACAGUCCGUCCAAUAUUACAUUAAUGGCACCAAGGAGGGAUUUUUGCAUUACAAUAAGACGGUGAAGGCUGUCAAGGUGCCUAAGCAAGAGGUCAAGCAGCCACCUGUGGUGCAGCAGAACUCUGAGGAGCCAGUGGCAGCGAGUGAAGGUGAAUGUGGAAUUGAGACGUCCAGGUUUGCUUCGGAGACUGUCGAGAGCGAGCGGGAGAGUCUCAAUGCUUAUAAUGAGGCCACUGCCAAUGCCAAAACAGCUCCUCAAAUCGUCAUUGAUCCUCCUGGGGUGCAGGGGAGUGCUGAGGGGGAGGGAAAGGCCGAGGAGGAGAGCAAUGGACAGGUCAAUGGGACGCAUAAUCUAGUUAUUAGCUCGUCGAGCUCGUCCAGUGGUUCUUCAGCCACUUCACCACUGCAUGGGGGCAGCGAGGGGAAGAAGGAGGAGAAACCCAUGAGCAUUCCUACGACUGUUCCUGAGGUCAUGAGGACUGCUUCGGAGAGACACCAGAAGGGGCUCAUGUCACCCCAUAUUUAUCAGAUUUUUAUCAAUGGGGAGAUUAAACUGCCUGUGCUGUUGGAGGAUGAGAAUCAGAGGGAAACACCCUCUAUUCAUCUCAUUUAUCGACCUGUCAGGCAGAUGGUUUAUGCUAUUCUGUUUAAUGUGCAUCAUCGAAUUUACUUGGCUACUAAGGCGAAGGAGAAGAAUGAUAAUGAAAAAAUUGAAGUGCCUGACGUUGUGAUCAAAGAGUGGAUCUGGUCCAAAGCAAAUCCCUAUCUGACUCCUGAAUAUGUAAAAGCCGAGCAGAUUGGAUGGGGAGUACCAACAAUCCAACGCCUCUGGUUUGGCACUGGAAUUGAUGACAAACGACGAAGGCUGAGGGCUUUCCUGACUUGUAUGAAAUCUGACACUCCAUUGAUGUUGAACAUCUCUUAUGUACCUCAACAUUUGUUGGUCAUGGCUUGUGUUCUCAGGUACAUCAUGUCAUUCUCAGACAAGGUAAAAAUUCUACGACGUCAAGAGCUGGAUGCCUUCAUUGCUCAAGCAUUUUCCCCCGAUCUCAUGAAUGCUCAGUACCUCCAGGAUCUUCAGCUACCACUUGUCACAUUCCGUGGAGUUCAGCUGUCAACAUUAUUUAUGGCUGGUGUCGAGACAGCUCUGCUAGCCAACGACGCCUGUGGAGCUCCAAUCCCAUGGCUGAUGUGCUGUCCCUGGCUGUUCUUCGAUGGAAAACUAUUCCACCAUACACUGGCUCGUUCAACAAUGGCGAAGAAUCUGUUGGACCUGUGUGGUGGGCACAUUGAUCGCGUUGUCAAGGUUGAGAGGAUGAGGAAGGCCAUUCUGGAGGGCAUCAAUGUGGUCUUUGCACGUCCACCAAUUACUACAACUGCACCAGGUUUUCGUAUUCCACCUCCAACAGCCACCAACAUUUUACCGGCAGGUUGCACAAUCAACGAGACACUCGUGCGUGGUCGAGUGAACCGCAGCAACAUUCCCCUGAGGGAAUUGAUUCGUCGACCAGUACCAUCACGAGGUGGUCAGUUGGAAAUUGCUGGAGUCGUCGUGGGACAGUGGGGUGCCAACUAUGGCCAGCCAGGAAGAAUUCCCCAGCCAGUGCAUGGGCCACCACGUGGACGAAUGCCACCACAGGCGCCAUUCCCUCGUCUCAAUGCUCGCAUGUUUCAACCAAGAGGGAAUCCUGUUAAUUCUAAUGCUACGAGAGGAAAAAAGACUCAGAUGAAGGCAACAAGCAAGAAGAAGGGUGCCAUCAAGAAGAAUCAGGAGAACACAAACAAGAAUGAAUCUAAGACACGUGAAAUUGUGGAGGAGACAAAUGCUGAUGGAUUCUCAAAACUCUUGACGAAGGAUGCGAACGCUAAGAAGAUCCUUCCAACUCUAGCUCCUCAGUCCGAAGAUAAGCCAAUAAUUGACACUAAACCAGUCGAGAAAGGUCAGGGUGAUGCCCCCCUCGUGGCCCCCCAGCCCCUGAGGGAGAACUAAGUCGCGAUUAGCUCUCGUGAAUAAUUUUUUACAUUAAAUAAAUCUUCAUAAGAAGGAUAAUGCUCUCGGAUGUGACUCAAGACUGCAGCCAUUAUCUUUAUAUGACUAUCGAGCGGUUGUGCACGUGAGUGAUUAAACCUUAAAAACCAGUAUCAACAAUUUACGUUCAUUCGUAUCAACAGUUGCCCUUUCUCUUCAAAAAAUUCAUUGAUUAUUGAUGAUUUUUUUUCUCGAUGUUAUCCCUCAGAAAUUGACUUUCUGGGAUCAAUUAAAAUUUGUUCUUGUUCAUUUUGUAUAGGAUUCGCUUCUCCUAUUGAAAAUAAUGAAAUUUUUUUCUGAAAUUGUUGAGCAAUUAAUAAAAAAUGAAAUGAUGAUCUACAUUUGAUUAGUAUGACGUGAAUUUAGUGUACCAUUGCUCGAUGUGCAUAUAAUGCUCUCUGGUGGGGCCAAAAACUAUUAACUGUUAAGGCGACGACAGCCAGACGCUUUGGCGUGAGAAUUAUUCAAUAAAAUUGAAUAAAUAUAAAGACAAGACGUUAGUUCAGGAAAUUGAAUUAAUAUUAUUACACGACAAUGCCUCUCACUGCCAAAAGUAUCGCCCAUAAUGCAUUGUUAAAGUGAAAAUAAACGAUCGAUGAAUGAAAGAAAAUAAUAAUCAAGAGAAAUAACAAAUGUGACUUUAACUAUUGACAUUUCACCUCCAAUUUUAUCGAUCAAUUGAUCCGUUAAUUCUGGAGUUAAUUUUGGAGAUGAUAAUGAUGAAGAUAGAAAACAAAGUUUAAUGAAAAAUACAAAUCGUCAACUGUUAUAAGUAUUUAAUUAUUAAGGAAGCGUGAUUAUUUUUUUGUAAACACGAUAAAAAUGUAUAUUUUCCGGUAUUAUAUGAAAUGCUCGCUUUGCCCAAUCUUGGUGCCCUGAACCAUCGUAUUUCAUAAUUUGUUAUUUAAUUAUUCGAAUUGUAAUUGUCGUUGGCAAUUACAAUUUAGUGGUGAAUGAUUAGUUGUUAAGACACUGGAACAAAUAUAAUUAAUACGAAUAAUAUGGGAGACCAAGAGGGCAUUAUUGGCGUAAAGAGACUGAUGCUUUUCAUAUAGGUAAAAUAUAUAUUUAUACAUUUAUUAAACGAUUAUUGAACAACGUCUAUUUCUGCGCGUUUCACUGUUUAAUUUUUUCGUUUUGAUUGGGAGAAAAUUACGGGAGUUUGGGAGUAAAUACGCAGAGAUAGACACAGAAGGAUCUCCCAUAUUCACAUUGACUUGAGGGUUUUGAAGAGAAGACGUGAGAACUCUUCAUGUAUUAGGAAAAUUUGAGGGGAGAGUCUGGGGCCUUCACUGGGGAAUUCCUUUGAAAUUGUCCUUUGUUUUUUUUCCUAUUUCGAUGGGAAAAUCUGUGGCUUUCACUGACAUUUUCUAUUUAUAAUUUUUGUUCUUGUAUUUUUGUAUUUGAAAAUUCUGGAAAGAAUUUUUCAAGUGAAAUAUUCAAUCUAAAAAUAUCUUAUGCCCGAAUUUUCAAGGGAUUUUGAUUUUUCUAUACUUGUUAUUAAAAAUUAUAAAAUUUUAUAAUUUUUCCUCAAAUUGUUUAGAGAGGAUAAAGAAGCUACAGUGGGAAACCUUUCAACAUUUAUGCCUAGAAACUUUCCGAAAGUUAGAUAUUUUUUCAAUCAUUUGAGUUUUUUUCUUCCUAAAUUUCUCGGUGGCUUAUUCUCCGAGUUUUGUUCAUUUCUUUUUGCUUCUAAAAACCGGAAAGGAUACACACAACAGAAAAUUUAACCCCAAGACGUUCUUUAGAAAGAAUCUCAACAUAAUUACUUGCAUCAAAUGGACUUAAUCUAUGGGUUUUCUUUCUAUCAGAUUUGUUCAAUUGUUCUGUAAAAAUGUAUGGGAAAAAUGCAGAAUUGUUUUCAGAAUUCAGUGAACAAUGAAGGGAAUUUCAACUAAAUUCCCCAGCAAAAGCAUUAAAAUUUCCUCUCAAAUUUUUCGUACAUGCCUUUAUCGUUUUUUGUUUGUGAAUUGCCAAUGCGUUUGAUUGGAUCGAGGUGCCUGGUUAAGUGAGAAAAAAAAUAACAAAUUUAUGAAGAAUUGUGAAUAUAUUAUUUAUGAUACGUACUAUAUAUCCGUGCUAACGAUAGGAGGAUGUUGAGGGGGAUCAGUCUACGGAUUUAUCAUUUUUUAAUUCGCAAAGGGCAUGACUGUGUAAAUAGUUGAAUGUGUGAGUGAUUUUUUUUUCUACCUGGGGUGGUGAGAGGUAACUAUUGUGUGUACAUAUUUAUUUGCUUGGGUAUAUUGAUGAGGUAGAUGACAAUGUGUGACUGGUGGGUUUAAUAGUUAGGGGGAUGUAGACGAUGGCAUUAACGUAAUUUCGUGGGAAGAACCUGGAGAAUGAGUAAUCACUUGAAGAAAUGUUUGUUUCUCCACUCGUGAUGGGGUAAAGUCGUGAUAACGCCGUUAAUUGAGAUAAUAUAGAAAGAGGUUCAAGAUUGAUAAAAAAAUAAUGUUAUAUUUUUGUAGAUUUGUUAUUGCGUAAUAUGCAUUGAGACAAUGAGACAUUUUCUACGACGUAAAGGGAUGUACAGUCGUUGAGAGGUGAUUUGAGUGAAUGAUGAUUUGAGUGAAUGAUUCGUAACGCAAAAUGGGAGCCUCGAAAUAGAAAAAAAAACCUAUUGAUUUGAUAAGAGAAAUGAAAAAAGGCAACACUUCAUUCGUCAACUUCGAUAAUUCACGUUUAAUUCCGGUAUUUUUGGGAUACUGAUGAAUAUGAGAAAAUGAUAUCAUUAUGCUGAUAAUGAUUGUAAUAGGGAAAAUUUAUGCCUGGAUUGUGCUCACAAGACACUUGGAUAUUUAUUCCAGUCUUUUCAAAGCAUUUUGACAUAAUUUUUUCUUAAUAAUCUUCAAAUGAGAUACUAAAAAUACGUAAAUGAUUACACAAACCAAUGUUGACAUAGCACUGCAGAAAUCGUCUGAUUAACUGAUGGAAGAUAUGAUGAUGAUAAAUGGUCAAUGUCGUUAAUGAUCAGUCGAUAAAAAAAAACUUGAAACAUUUUAAAAACGUAAACGCAAAUGUGUGACACUAAAAAUGCACUCGCCGCUGCAACCACUUUCAUUUUAGAAGCGAUGAAAAUACGAGAUUAAUGAAAAUGUCGGAGAAUCAUUUUCGUAUUGACGUGGAAAAACGAAAUCAUUUCAAUUGUGAGUGGUUUCAGGUGAAAAUGCCAAGCGGAAAAACUUGUUCUUUCACAUUUUCCCCUGAAAUUAUUACGUUUUACUACUUCGCUAGACAUUUAAAAAAUCGUAUCAAUGAAUUGAUAAAAAUCAAACUAAUCAACAAAACAUAAAUUGAUACAUACCUUUGGUCCAGCUGUGGCUGAACGACAAUUUACCAAAAAAAAACAUUAACGGAUUUUAUUGGUUGAAGUAAAAAAAUGGAAAUGCAGAAAAAUUCACAUUUUUAAAGCACUGAGCCAAAAAAUUCGUGAAAUAAAAUGAAAAAUUAUAAAAUAUUCAAAGAGUAGAGCUGAAAAAAAUAGAAAACAAAAUGAUUAAACGGCAUGUAAUACAAAAAACGUAAGAAAAUUGGGUGCGCUAAAAUUGCGCCUGCUUUAUUUGUUGUAGCAUACUGGGACCCACAAAAAAUAAAAAUAAAUGAAAGAAAAAAAACUUAUCUAACAAUUCAAUUAUAACUGUAAACACGUUGAUGAAAAAAAAUCAUAAUCUCUAUAUACUGUAUUUUAACUAUGUAAAACUCCAUUUUCAAAAUAUUAUGCAUCAUGUUGAAAGAGAAAAGAAAAUGAGAAAUAUAAAAAAAAUAUUAAAAAAGUAAGUAAUAACAAAAAAAGAAUGUAUUCUGGUGCAGAGAGAGAAAAAUAACUGGAGUGUAGUGAAAUGCUUCGCAAGCAAAUUGUAGUUCGUACCGCGGGAUGACACUUAUAAUCCCAUGAUGUUAAAAAUAUUAUUAUUACAAUUUUUAGCAGCAAUCGCCCUCCUAUUUAUUUCCAAACUGUUAAAUGUUUUCAUAUUUUGAGAGAAAAAAAUCUCAAUGGUCAUUUUUUCACUAGAUUUACCCCUGAAAAUGUGUAAUUUUCUCAUUAUAAUUUGAAUCAAAAAUUAUUUACCCCUCAGUCACUCAAUUCCUUCAUUACUAUGCAAAAAAAACAAGGGAUAAUUAAUGAUGAUUCAAAACAAAUUAAUAAUCGAAACCCAGAAAAUAAUUAGGGAAAAUGAUAAAAUUCACGAAAUAUCCAGUAGCAAAUUGUGCGGAUUUUGAAAACUGAAUUUGAAGGGAUUUAAAAUGAGAAACACUAUCCAUGUAGAAUGAAGCGCACGUGGGUCCCAUUAUUAUAAUGUUCUUAAUGAAAUAGUAGAUAUGAAAAUGCAAAGAUAAAAAAAACAAAGCAAUUUAAAAACAAAUUUCUGCAAUUGUUUAUUUUUUUCUCUUUAUUAGCAGAAUAAAAAAAAUACAAAACGAACAUAUAUUUACGCAAAAGCCAAGCAAAAUGUUAUUGUAAGCUAUUAUCAAUUAAUCAUUUGUGUUUAACUAAUUCUCCAUUGAAAUAAGAUUAUUGUUUCAAUUAUUACUUUAUUUGCGAUGAAAUAAGUGCUGUAAUUCUGCGGUCCAGAGUCUACUCUAAUUCAGUGAAAAUAAUUCAAUUUAAAAAAAACAUGAUGGUUUGUGAAAAAUGUCGAUACACGUGAGCUGUAAAAUCUCCAACAUUUUUUCAAUUUAAAUGAAUGAAAAAUAAGAUUAAUUCGUGUCUUGAAAAACACGACUGAGCAAAUCUGAGAGUUCUCUGGCAAUCGCCUUCAGACACAAACAUAUAUAAAAUUUCACAUCAUUAAUAACAUUUAUUUAUCCCAUAGAACGUAUGUGUGCACAUAGGCGUUAAUUCGAGCAAAGAGAGGAAAAAUUCAUUUUGAAUUAAAUAGAAAUGAAAGAAAAUUACCACAAUUAUCCGCUGAUAACCGAAAGUAUUGCAUAGACUCUGCAUAAACUCGAAUGAAUUUUGGGGAGGAAAUAAAUGAAAGAAGAAUUGUAUGUGUAA